AUGACCAUCUCGCUGAUCAUCGUCUAUAUUGCUGUGUUCGUUGUCGGACUUGUGGGAAACCUGUUUGUGUUUGCUGUCGUCGCCCGCUACAGGAGCAUGCGCACUGUCACCUACACGUUCCUCGUCAACCUCGCCGUCGGUGACGUCAUGGUCGUCAUCAUUUGCAUGCCGAUGACGCUCGGGUCGACAGUCUACAGACUCUGGAUUUACGGUGACGUCAUGUGUAGACUGACGCCAUUCAUUCAGGGCGUGAGUGUUUCUGUGAGCGUGCUGACGCUAUUGCUCGUCAGUCUAGACCGCUACUAUAAGAUCUACUACCCGAUGAAGGCUCGUGCGAUCUUCUGCGGGAGAAAGGUGCGUGCGAUGGUGGUGAGUGUGUGGGCGGCCAGCCUUGUCAUCAUGUCGCCCAUGCUUGCUGUCAACGCCGCCGUCACGGACACCAUGGGUGUGACACUGUGUCGUGAACGCUUUCCCAGUAUAGAGUAUAAACGCGCAUUCGACGUGAUCGUGUUCGCUAUUCUCUACGUCCUUCCCGUCGCCUUCAUGGCCUUCACCUACGCGCGCAUCUCCCGCACGUUGUGGCACGGCGAUGCACGCCUGCGCGGUAACCUUGACGACAGCCGGCGGCAGAUAGAGGAGCAGGAGCGCAUGCGCAGGACGAAGCGAAAGCUCGUCAAGAUGAUUAUUGCCAUCAGCGUCAUCUUCGCCGUCACGUGGUUGCCCUAUCACGUGGUCACGCUAUGGUUGGACUUCAGUAGACAGGGUGUGGACUACCAACAUAACGAGGUGUUUAUAGCGCUGCGUAUCUAUCCGCUCGUGCAGUGGCUCGCUCUCAGUAACUCCUCUGUCAACCCGAUCUGUUACUGUCUCUUCAGUCAGAAGUUCCGCGCCGCUCUGUGUCUGCUCUGUUGCCGUGGUAACGUCAGCGUCACUGCCGCCGCCGCAGCCGUCAUCGACCGUAACGAGAGCGGUGCGACGGAGCGCAAUGACGCAGCGUCGUCAAGCUUCAUGCGUCGCUCGAUGCGUCGCUUCUCACAGAAGGUGCGACGCAGCUUCGGCCCGACGCCGACGCGCGCGACGGCAGCUCACGACACUGUCGUCGUUACUAACUACCGUCCGGUAAUGAAGUCUUACUCCGACACGACGACACAGCCCCACGGCCGCCGCUACCCUCUCCCCGACCCCCGCUCACUGACCCCCGCCUCACUGACCCCCGCCUCACUCACCCCCGCUUCUCUGACCCCCGCCCCUCUGACCCCCGCCUUUCUCUGA